CUCCCAGCGGCCGGGGCGGCGGCGGCGCGAGCUCCCCGAGCUCCCGGACCUCCCCGAGCACCCCAGCACCCCGAGCACCCCGGACCCCCGCCCACACGCGGGCGCAGGACGCGCACGGCCCCUCCGGGCGCCACGAGGACGCCCGCCGGUCGCCGGGUCCUGGCGGGCACAGGAUCUUGUCCCUUGCAUUGCCGAACCUCAGCGGAACUGCGUGGCCACAAGUCCCUGGUGCGGUGUCUGCCAUCCAGUGCAAAAAUUUACAAAGCUCCAAAAUCACCCUGAGACCACAUAUAGCAAACAUGAAUGAUAUUUCCCAAAAAGCAGAGAUUCUGCUUUCUUCAUCUAAACCUGUCCCAAAAACCUAUGUGCCAAAACUUGGCAAGGGCGAUGUAAAGGAUAAGUUUGAAGCCAUGCAGAGAGCCAGGGAAGAAAGAAAUCAAAGGAGAUCUAGAGAUGAAAAACAAAGAAGAAAAGAACAAUAUAUUAGAGAGAGAGAAUGGAACAGGAGAAAGCAGGAGAUUAAAGAAAUGCUUGCUUCUGAUGAUGAGGAAGAGGUAUCUUCUAAAGUAGAAAAGGCUUAUGUCCCAAAGCUAACAGGAACUGUUAAAGGUAGAUUUGCUGAAAUGGAGAAACAAAGACAAGAGGAACAAAGAAAGAGGACAGAGGAGGAACGAAGACGCAGGAUUGAGCAGGACAUGUUAGAGAAGAGGAAGAUACAACGUGAAUUAGCAAAAAGGGCUGAGCAGAUUGAGGACAUAAGCAAUACGGGAACUGAAACAGCAUCAGAGGAAGGAGACGAUUCACUACUUGUAACAGUGGUACCUGUCAAAUCAUACAAAGCUUCUGGAAAGAUAAAAAAGAAUUUUGAGGAUCUAGAGAAAGAACGAGAAGAAAAAGAAAAGGUCAAGUAUGAAGAAGAUAAAAGAAUAAGAUAUGAAGAACAACGUCGAUCUCUCAAGGAAGCAAAAUGUCUUUCAUUGGUCAUGGAUGAUGAACUAGAAAGCGAGACCAAAAAAGAAUCACUUUCCCCUGGAAAAUUGAAACUAACUUUUGAAGAACUGGAAAGACAAAGACAAGAAAACCGAAGGAGGCAGGCUGAAGAGGAAGCAAGACAACGUUUAGAAGAAGAGAAGCGUGCUUUCGAAGAAGCAAGGCGGCAGAUGGUAAAUGAAGAGGAGGAAAACCAAGACACAGAAAAAAUUUUAAAAGGAUAUCGCCCUGGUAAACUCAAACUCAGUUUUGAAGAAAUAGAAAGACAAAGGAGAGAAGAUGAAAAAAGGAAAGCAGAAGAGGAAGCCAGGAGGAGAAUAGAAGAAGAAAAGAAGGCAUUUGCUGAAGCAAGGAGAAGCAUGGUAGUAGAUGAUGACUUCCCAGAGAUGUAUAAAACAAUUUCUCAAGAAUCUCUUACACCGGGAAAACUGGAAAUUAAUUUUGAGGAAUUAUUAAAACAAAAAAUGGAAGAAGAAAAACGACGAACAGAGGAGGAAAGGAAGCAUAAGCUAGAGAUGGAAAAACAGGAAUUUGAACAACUGAGACAAGAAAUGGGAGAGGAAGAGGAAGAACAUGAAACCUUUGAAUUGAGUAGGGAAUAUGAAGAAUUAAUCAAAUUGAAAAGAAGUGGCUCUAUUCAAGCUAAAAAUCUAAAAAGCAAGUUUGAAAAGAUUGGACAAUUGUCUGAAAAAGAAAUACAGAAAAAGAUAGAAGAAGAACGAGCAAAAAGGAGAGCAAUUGACCUUGAAAUUAAAGAGCGAGAAGCAGAAAACUUUCAUGAGGAAGAAGAUGUCGAUGUCAAGCCUGCAAAAAAAAGUGAGGCCCCAUUUACUCAUAAAGUGAAUAUGAAAGCUAGAUUUGAACAAAUGGCUAAGGCACGAGAAGAAGAAGAACAAAGAAGAAUUGAAGAACAAAAGUUAUUACGGAUGCAGUUUGAACAAAAGGAAAUUGAUGCAGCACUACAGAAGAAAAGAGAAGAGGAAGAAGAGGAGGACAGUGGUAGCAUCAUGAAUGGCUCCACUACUGAAGAUGAGGAGCAAACGAGAUCAGGAGCUCCAUGGUUCAAGAAGCCUCUAAAAAACACAUCGGUUGUAGACAGUGAGCCCGUUAGAUUUACUGUUAAAGUAACAGGAGAACCCAAACCAGAAAUCACCUGGUGGUUUGAAGGAGAAAUACUGCAGGAUGGAGAAGACUAUCAAUAUAUUGAAAGAGGAGAAACUUACUGCCUUUAUUUACCAGAAACCUUCCCAGAAGAUGAGGGGGAGUAUAUGUGUAAAGCAGUCAACAACAAGGGCUCUGCGGCUAGUACCUGUAUUCUUACAAUUGAAACUGACGACUACUAGCUCCCCUUCCCUCUCCCUGGAACUCUCUCUCUCUACCCCUCCUCCCCCCACUUUCUUACUACAUCCAUGUUUUCUGUGGCGGGGCCAAAAAUGGAAACCAGAAGUGCCAUUGGGUUGACUUUUUAUUCCUUUUCAUAAUAGUCUUCAAAACACAAGCCCAUCUAAAGGAAUAUCUUCUUCCUUUCCAAAUGAUCACCAGAUUCAUCGCCAUAUUAUGUAGAAGUUAAUGUGUAUUUAAUGGGGGUAAUGUGGAAAUUUUACUCCAUUAUUCUAAGUUCACAGCAAUUAUGUUUUAAAACUCAAAUAAAAUACAUUAUUUUGCAUGAAAGAAUGUCAUUUUUUUGAGCUAUUUACACCUAAAAUUAGCCUGAAAUAGCAGAGACUUAAUGAAUUUGUAGUCUAUCAACUUGAGUUUUCCUGAAUAUACGUCUUUCUGAACCAGAUGGGGAAAGGGGGGGGGGGGGCAUGGAGAACAAAAGACUCUUAAACAAUUACUAGGGAAAAUUUACUGGAAACCACUGCCUGCCUGCCUACCUAAUAGGGUUCUGAGUGUUAAGAACAAAAUAUUAACAUUACUUUUCAAAUGUGUGUAAUAUAUAUUCAAGCUUACGAAGCCAAUUUAUGUUGUGCUCUUGCCUGAACAAAUUAUAUUUUAGUGAGAAAACUUUGUAUCAGUAGUUUAUGUAGGAAAAAACACCCAAGAUCUGAGGCAAAAAAAAAAAAAAAAAAAAAA